AUGCUCCCGCGGCCCCUGCGGCUGCUCUGGGACCCGAGCCCCCCCGGGGGAGUGGUGCUGAGCAGCUUCCGGAGCCGAGACCCCGAAGAGGGUGGGGGCCCCGGCGGCCGGGGCGCGGGCGAGGGGCAGGAGGAAGAGGAGGAGGAGGAAGACGAGGCCCCUGUGUCUGUCCGGGAUGAGGAGGAGGAUGGUGCCACCUUUACUGUCACAAGCCGCCAGUAUCGGUCUCUUGAUCCCUUGGCCCCGACACCUCCCCCGCGGUCCUCCCGAAGGCUCCGAGCUGGCACCCUGGAGGCUCUGGUCAGACACCUGCUAGAUGCCCAGACGGCAGGGGCCGAUGUGACCUUCACAGCAACCUUCCUGGCCACCCACCGGGCCUUCACCUCCACGCCUGCUCUGCUCGGGCUUAUGGCUGACAGGCUGGAAGCCCUUGAGUCCCAUCCUACUGAUGAACUAGAGAGGACAAAAGGGGUAGCCAUCUCUGUGCUGUCAACCUGGCUGGCCUCUCACCCUGAGGAUUUUGGCUCUGAGGUCAAGGGUCAGCUUGACCGGCUUGAGAGCUUCUUGCUUCGGACAGGGUCCCGGGUGGACCCCCAGCCCCCCGACCUUCCUAAGCCCCUGGCCCUCCCCGGCGAUCCCCCUGCUGACCCCACGGAUGUCCUGGUGUUCCUCGCUGACCACUUGGCCGAGCAGCUGACCCUGCUAGAUGCGGAGCUGUUUCUCAAUCUGGUUCCCUCUCAGUGCCUGGGGGGCCUGUGGGGUCACAGAGACCGGCCGGGACAUUCUCACCUCUGCCCAUCUGUGCGAGCUACUGUCACCCAGUUCAACAAGGUGGCAGGGGCCGUGGUCAGCUCUGUCCUGGGGGCCAUCUCAACCGGGGAGGAGCCUGGGGAGGUGACCAUACGGCCACUCCGGCCGCCCCAGAGGGCCCGGCUUCUGGAGAAGUGGAUCCGAGUGGCCGAGGAGUGUCGUGUACUCAGAAACUUCUCUUCAGUUUACGCCGUGGUGUCGGCCCUGCAGUCCAGUCCCAUCCACAGGCUUCGGGCAGCCUGGGGGGAAGCAGCCAGGGACAGCCUCCGGGUUUUCUCCAGCCUCUGCCAGAUUUUCUCCGAGGAGGAUAACUACUCCCAGAGCCGGGAACUGCUCCUGCGGGAGGCGAAAGCACAGCCCCAUCUGGAGCCCAAUUCCAAGAAGACCCCCAAGUCUGGCUCCCGGGGUGGGGGUGUGGUCCCAUACCUUGGCACCUUCUUGAAGGACCUGGUGAUGCUGGAUGCGGCCUCCAAGGAUGAGCUUGCGAAUGGAUACAUCAAUUUUGACAAGCGGAGGAAGGAGUUUGCUGUCCUUUCUGAGCUGAGGCGGCUCCAGAAUGAAUGUCGUGGCUAUGACCUGCGACCCGACCCUGACAUCCAGCAGUGGUUACAGGGGCUGCGGCCACUGACAGAGGCCCAGAGCCAUCGAGUGUCGUGUGAAGUGGAACCACCUGGUUCCGGUGACCCUCCUGCCCCUCGAAUGCUUCGGCCUACGCUGGUCAUCUCGCAGUGGACAGAGGUUCUUGGCUCUGUUGGGGGUCCCACCCCGCUUGUCUCCUGGGACCGGCCCAAUGUUGGAGAUGAGGUGCCUGGAAACCCUGCUCCUCUGUUGACUCGCCUGGCCCAGCACAUGAAGUGGCCGUCUGUGUCAUCUCUGGACUCCGCCCUGGAAAGCUCUCCGUCCCUACACAGUCCGGCGGGCCCCAGCCACCUCUCCCCGCCGGCCUCCUCUCCCAGGCCUUCUCGAGGUCACCGCCGCUCAGCUUCCUGUGGCUCCCCACUCAGUGGGGGCGCAGAAGGGGCCUCCAGGGGGCCUGCAUCCGGGGGAGGGGGCUCUGGGCCAGGGGCUUCUGAUUGUCGAAUCAUCCGAGUCCAGAUGGAGCUGGGGGAAGAUGGCAGUGUCUACAAGAGCAUCUUGGUGACAAGCCAGGACAAGGCUCCAAGUAUCAUUAGUCGUGUCCUUAAGAAAAACAACCGUGACUCCGCAGUGGCUUCGGAGUAUGAGCUGGUGCAGCUGCUACCAGGGGAGCGAGAGCUGUCCAUCCCACCCUCUGCCAACGUCUUCUACGCUAUGGACAGAGCUUCACAUGAUUUCCUCCUGCGGCAGCGGCGAAGGUCCUCCACUGCUACGCCUGGCCUUGCCAGCGGCCCCUCUGCCUCUGGAACGCCCCCAAGUGAGGGAGGAGGGGGGUCCUUUCCCAGGAUCAAGGCCACAGGACGCAAGAUAGCCCGGGCACUGUUCUGA